AUGGUGAAGAAGAGGAACCUCACCAUCGCCGCCAGCGCCGCGACUAGCGGCACCGCCGCUAAAGCCACAUCCAGCGCACCGAGAAAGAGCGCAUCGGAAGUUCCCGCUCCUACUCCUGCGCCGCCCGCGCCGGAGGUCUCCGCCGCGGGACCUGCGCCCGGUCUGUUAGCUCCCGAGCAUUUCCAGGAUAUGUUGGAUGACAAUCUUGAAGAGAAAAGUUCUUCUAUUCCUGUAGAGUCUCAGAAGGCCAAUGUGCAGCCCUCAAAUAUAUCGUCUGGCGGUUUUGCCGAUGAAGAUGAUCUGUACGAUCUUGACGAGGGCUUCAUAGAACCCCCUCCAAAGAAGGCUAAGACAAGCUCCAGCAAGCCAACUCCUGCAGCGUCAGAGGCUUCGGCUCCAGUGACAACCCUAGCAGCUCAACUUUCAAUAGCUUCUUCCCUUUCUAAAGGGAAGGAGAUUCCUUCGACUACUGCUAUUACAGCUUCUCCUCCUCCUGGAAGACCUGAUUUUCGAACAGUCAUUUUCACUUUGGAGGCUUUUGCCUUUCAAUUUACUUCGCUCGAAGCUGAGAAGGUUCGGCUUCAAAAAGAAGUUGAAUCUACUUCCUUGAAGCUUGAUAAUGCAGUUAAGAUGGCUGCCGAAGCUUGCCAGAAUGCCGAUUCUUUGAAGGAAGAGCUCGAGCGGCUGAGGAGCAAGCUGAAAGAUGAAGAAGCUUUGAAGAUCACUGCCGAAGCUCAGAGGAGUGAAAGGGACAAUCUUCUUCGCCAAUCCAUUUUAGCCCUGCUCAAAGCCUCCGAUAUUCCUGCAGAGGCCUUAGAUAAGCUCCCAGAUAAUUCUCAUGUCGAUGCUUCGUCAAUGACUCUUGAAUCCAGCAAGCUCAUUCAAGCCCUUCUCCAGAAGAACAAAGAAGUCAUGUCGAGAAUGCACUCGAUGAUUUUCCCCAAGGCCGACCAAAACAAAACUCUGGAACAAUUGACAGAUGCUUUUGCCGUCGACACUAAGGAGAUCAUCGAGGUAUUCAAACACACCUCACGCACCUACGACACUGUUCUAGCUUUCCAACUUAUGAUGGGUCAUGGCUUCAAAGCCGAUAUGGAACAAAUGUCCAAAGAACUGCCGAAGGAGCAAGAUGGGCAACUUAUCGACUUGAGUCUCUAUAAAUCUUCAGCGCGCAAGUGUGCGCUUCAGCUUCUUGAGUUGGUUUCAACAAACAAGUCGGCUGCCAGCCCAAGUUUAUCAACUCAGACCCAUGCUCCUUGA